GCCAAGGCUUAUUUAACUACGAUCGAAUCGUUCUCUACCGUUGCAAUCUCCUUCGAUAUCGAACACGGUUAUAGACCAUCAUAUAUGCUCCCCUUCAUGAGAUCCCUAGGCUUGCUCCCAUGUCGCGCCAAUAUUCGUCAAUCUCGAGUACGUUGUCACAUCGGCGUUCAAGUCUAUCGGCACUAGCAAUGUUCCAUGGCCAACCUGCUAGACUACUUUCCCUCCAAAGUUAUUGCUGCUGCUGCAAAUCGAUAGCCACGCCGCACUGUCGAGAUGGGCAGAAAGAAACAUCCAAGCCAACUUACUGCAGGGCGAACCGCUCAAUGUUUGAAGGCCCAUUUAGCCGCAUAAUAUGAGGAAGGUCACUAUGCGAAGACAAGUACAAGCUGGGUAUUUGGACUUUUCAUUCCAUCUUUCA